AAUAAGUAAAAUAAAAGAUCAGCUGGACACGGUUCGCAGGGCCUCAAUAGCUGUGAACACCACUUUGCACGCUUUUUGCCACAACACUCCAUUGGCAUCUGCGGUAAGCUGUCCUCACUUUAUUCAAGUGCUACUCAACCAGACGGAACUUACGUUCCCUCAGCUCUACAUUCAAGACAGUAUCACCGUCGCGCAGACAGGCUUAUUCAAGAUUGCUCUAUCCAAUAUGUCUGCAACCCUCAAUCAAUAUGUUACUGUGUUGGAGAAUCAGACGAAAAAAGAAUAUGACCAGCUGUGUGCUCCUGCCAAACGUAUACAGACACAGUGUCAUUAUCCCGCUGCCUGUUCUAAACUCACUCCCACAUCUGAUGGCUUAUUUUACUGUUACCUAAGACUAACACUUUCUUACCUGGUUGAUACGAUACUUCAACUAGAUUCACCGAUAUUUUCAAACAUCAAACAAAAUGUCGAAGUGGAUGACAGUCUUUUGCUACCGGACGAUGUGCCAAUAACCAAGCAGCGAUGGUUUACCAUAAUUACACUCCAUACUCUUUAUGAAAAUAUAAACCACAUUCAAAAUACUCUACAAUCCUUUGUGUAAUUAAUUCCUGUUAUAAUAUGUGUAGGACCAAUCUCAGUAAGAGAAAAAUCAGAUACAAGUGUAUCGUUUCAAAUGUGUAGAAGUGUUUUAGCUUCACCACUUAAUAAUCAUAUCGACGAUUAUAUUAAUCGUUGAAUACCAAUAUUUCUAUUAAUUUUUAUCUCAUAUUUUAUUAUCUAGUUUAUAAUUAAAAACAAUAUAUAUUUCUCCUUUAUGAAAUAAAUAUUUAUACUUAAUAUCGUGUU